CAAAACACGCCCAUCUUGGACUUUAUGCUUGUAAUCAGAGAGCAAAUUUACUAUAGAAGUACCAAUCGAAGUGGUAAAGCGUUUGGAUCUUAAAUACCCCAUCUUGGUAAAAGGGUGUGUUUUGUUCUUGGGCUGUGUCGCCGGCGAUGAUCUUAUAGUGGGAUUGGACAAGAAACCAUUCUUCUUCUUCCUCCAAUUGUUCUUCUUGUUCUUCAUCGUUUAUAGUGCGUCAUUUCCAAGAAAAUGGGAAGUGAAGCGUCGUACUAUGACCAUGAGAACAAUGCGAGCACCACCACUCCGGAUUACUCCUCCCCGAUUCCCAUCCUCCACGGCAAAGCCGGCAAUCAAUCAACCGGGAAUGACCAGCAAGAACAACACCACCAAGAUCACGCGAUUCUUUCCAGGGAUGAUUCAUGGUUUGGGACUUUCAAGUCGAUCUUCUGGCACGGUGGCUCUGCUUUUGAUGCGUGGUUGAAUGCUACUUCCACCCAGAUCGCUCAAGUUCUUCUCACUUUCCCCUAUUCCUUCGCUCAACUCGGGCUAGCCUCCGGAAUCGUGUUCCAGCUCCUCUAUGGAUUCAUGGGCUGCUGGACAUGCUACAUGAUCACAUCGCUCUACGCGGACUACAGAGCAGCCAAAGAGAAGGAGAAUCCAAAAGCGUUCGAAAAACACACCAUCCAGUGGUACGAAGUUCUCGGAGGAUUGCUGGGACCCUACUGGAGAGCCGCGGGGAUCUUCUUCAACACCGCGCUGCUAUUUUGCACUGCCACCAUCCAAGUGAUCGCUUGCGGGAGCACCGUCUACUACAUCAACGAUUCUCUCCCCAAGCGGACAUGGACCAUAAUCUUUGGAGCUUGCUGCAUCAUUACCGUGCUCAUCCCCACCGCUCACAACUACAGAGUUUUAUCCUUCACGGGGAUCCUCAUGACCACCUACACGGCCUGGUAUCUCACCAUAGCCGCCGGAAUUCACGACAAGGUUCCGAAUGUGACUCACUCUGGACCCAAGAAUAUCGUGCAGUACUUCACGGGUGCGACUAACAUCCUCUACGCGUUUGGCGGUCACGCUGUGACAGUGGAGAUCAUGCAUGCGAUGUGGAAGCCACGCAAAUUCAAGCUCGUCUACCUCUACGCCAUCCUCUACAUCUUCACGCUCACGCUCCCGUCCGCCAUCACCGUCUACUGGCGAUUUGGCGAUACGAUGCUCCACAGCGCAAACGCGUUUGGGGUGUUCCCGAAAAACAAGUUCCGAGAUGCUGCCGUCAUCCUCAUGCUCAUGCACCAGUUCAUAGAGUUUGGGCUGAUUGGCCUUCCGGUCUUUCUCAUCUGGGAGAAGUUUUUGGGUGUCCAUCACUCCAAGUACUACAUUCUCCGAGCCAUUGCAAGAAUUCCCGUCGUUCUCGCGAUCUGGUUCAUUGCGAUCAUGAUCCCGUUUUUCGGGCCGAUCAACUCCGCCGUUGGAUCUUUGCUCGUAACUUUCAGCGUAUAUCUUAUACCCUGCGCCGCUCAUAUGGUUGUGAACUCCAAAUCCACGGCCAGAAAGGCCGCCAUAGAACAGCCGCCCAGGUGGAUCAGAAGCUGGACAGUGGUGUAUGUUCUCAAUUCUUUGAUAAUUGUGUGGGUGGUGAUUGUUGGAUUUGGGUUUGGAGUGUAUGCAAGUGUGAAGAAUCUGGUGGAUCAGAUCGAUACGUUUGGAUUGUUUGCCAGAUGCUACCAAUGCCCCAAAAAACACUAAAGAUUUAUACAUUUCAAUCAUAAAGGGGGGAAAAAGAAAGAAAGAUAAAACACAAAAAGCUGUACAGCAGUGGAAAUCUUCCAUCUUAUGAAUCUCGAGAUAUUUUUAUAUA